AUGCACCUUAUAGAGGAAGCCAUGGUGGACGUGGAAGUAGGGAAUUCAUGGGGGUAUGUCCACGUCCCGGCCAACUUCUCGGUUGCCCUCAUGGAUCGCUUCCUCUACGCUGCCGAGGCGAGCAACGAGACCAUCGACAUGAGCACCAUCGACGUCCGCCUCGACAUGACCAAUCAGCAGGUGGCAUUCAUCGUGUCCCGGGAGAUCCUAAAGGCGUUCCAUUCGUUCUUCAAGGCCCUGGUUGUUGACUACGGCUACAGCUCAGAGCUGGCCUCCAUCCCGGUCAAGUUCGGGCCGCCGAUUCAUGGGGUCCAGGAGCCGCUGUUUACGGAGUACGUCGCACCGGGGAUCAUGGUCAUGAUUAUAUUCUACAUGGCAUUGGGACUGACAGCGAUGGCAUUCGUCUUGGAGCGUAAACAAGGUCUCCUACAAAGAAGCUACGUCGCCGGCGUGACGAACGUGGAGGUGAUGGUGGCUUACCUGGCCACCCAGAUCCUGGUCAUGACCGUCCAGAUCACCUUCACGCUGGUCUUCCUCCUCGCCGUGUUCCACGUGCCAAAUCGGGGCUCCAUCGAGCUGGUUAUCCUCGUCGCGUUCCUUCAGGGUCUCUGCGGGAUGGCUUUCGUCACUGGAUCCUUGGGAGCGGAGUUCCCUACAAACGCACCGCCGAACCCCAUCCAUCAUCGGGGUUGCUAA